GGCGGCGCCCAUGAAAUCACGUUAAAUUGUAAAUAAAGCGGACUUUCUUUUUUUAUUGAGGCAUAAUUACGACAUUUUUCGGAGUUAAAUAAUGCCGGUUGAUUCGAAAAGGAUUUGUGGACCAGAAAUCACUAAAAACCCGUACAAUUUCUUGAUAAAUGGCAAUGAAAAAGGCGAAUUGAUCAUCAAUGGUAAACGAAGGGAUGGACGAAAGCCAGAUCAGGCAAGGCCUCUUUUUUUACGUCCAGGGUUAAUAAGCCAAGCUAAAGGAUCAGCUUAUAUUGAACAGAAUCAUACGAAAGUUAUUUGUGCUGUUUAUGGGCCUCGUGAAGUGAUCAGGAAAGAAGAUUUUAGUAUGAAAGGGCAGAUCACUUGUGAAUUUAAAUUUGCCACAUUUUCGUGUAAAAAGAAGCGUGGUCACCAACAAGACAGUGAGGAAAAGGAUUACUCUGUUCAACUUCUGGAAGCAUUGGAACCAGCAGUACAGCUUGAUAAAUUCCCCAAAUCUCAAGUCAAUUUAUAUUUAACAGUUUUACAAAAUGAUGGCAGUGCCCUGGCAGCGUCUAUAACCUGUGCCUCCUUAGCUUUAGCUCACGCUGGUAUCGAAAUGUUUGACUUAGUAGUGGGUUCCUCUGUGCGUAUCCAUGGUAACGAAAUUUUAGUUGACCCUUGUGAAGAGGAGGAAUUUCACUCAAAUACUAAUAUAGGAGUUGAUGAAGGGGGCGUGGUUUUAGGCCUCAUGCCAUCCAUCAAUCAAAUAUCAGCCUUGACCUCGAAAGGAGAAUUAAACUUUGAUACGACCUCUCAGGCUGUUAAAACCUGUAUACAGAAUUGUCAGAAAGUUUAUCCAGUCCUGCAGAAUUGUUUGGUGAAUUCGUUAAAAGAAAAAGACUAAUUAAAAUAGCAAUGUAUUUUUUGUAAAUAAAACAUUAUCAGAAG